UUUCCUUCGACUCGGCAUUUAAAUGGAGCUGCAGGGCAUCAGCUGCUCGUACAUUCACCGCUACGCUGUGGCAGAAAUGAACUCGUAACGCAUUUCAAAACAGGUUUCUCUUCAUUUUAACAGCGACAGGUAUAUAAGAGUUGGACCUUGAGUUGUGCUUUGUUGGCAGAAGAGCGGGAGCAGCUGAACAAUAAGGGCGGCUGUGCUCUGACAGCAGCUCGGUGCAUCAUUUUUGGGAUUCCUCCGCUUGCUCUUGGACGAAAUUGAAUAGCGGUAACGUGAUGCUGUGCAUGAACAGAAUGAUUUAGGUGUUUUAUUUUUUUUCUGGGCUGUUUGUUUAUUUAAAGAUUGUUGGGAAACAUAUCCAAACUCACUGAGUGCAGUGUUGUUUCGGCCCAGGAGAACAAGUGGCCUGGACAUGAAAGGGCUGAUGAUCAGAUUUAAAUUGAGAGUCUAGCAGAUAAAAAAUAUUACUAAAUCAUAACUGGACUGAAUAUUAUUUAAAGGACUAACAUUUGUAUUAUAAUCAACAACCAGUUGGCCAAUCGGUGUUAGUUACAAUAACAUUUCUCCCUCUGCUACUAUUCUAUUUAUUUUUUAUGACUAAAACAGCCUUUUAAAAGAUAAUUUUUUUGUCUUUUUCGUGGGCAAAUAUCCAAUACAUCAAAGACAUUUCACAUUUAUUAACUACAACGACACAUUCACAACAAAAAACAGCAUUCUUGACCAUAUUGGAGGUUUUACUACUCCAACGAUAAGCAAACAUGUUCAGUUGGCUUGGAACAGACGACAGGAGGAAGGAGCCAGAAGUGUUUCAGACUGUCAGCGAUGGAUUGAAGAAGCUCUACAAAACCAAAUUGCUGCCUCUGGAGGAAAGCUACAAGUUUCAUGAGUUCCACUCCCCGGCUCUGGAGGAUGCUGACUUUGAAAACAAGCCCAUGGUCUUACUGGUGGGACAGUACUCCACUGGCAAGACAAGCUUCAUACGAUACCUGUUGGAGCAGGACUUUCCUGGGAUGCGGAUCGGCCCUGAACCCACCACGGAUUCCUUCAUCGCGGUGAUGCACGGCGACACUGAGGGAGUCAUUCCCGGGAACGCUUUGGUGGUUGACCCGAAGAAGCCCUUCAGAAAGCUGAACGCAUUUGGAAACGCAUUCCUUAACAGGUUUGUGUGUGCUCAGCUGCCGAACCCAGUGCUGGAAAGCAUCAGUGUGAUCGACACACCGGGGAUUCUGUCUGGAGAGAAACAGAGAAUCAGUCGAGAUGAAGAGUUGUCAGGCUAUAGCUGCCUACAUAGAUGUCUGUAUGGAGGUUAUGACUUUGCAGCGGUCCUGGAGUGGUUUGCGGAGCGAGUGGACCGGAUCAUAUUACUCUUUGACGCCCACAAGCUGGACAUCUCUGAUGAGUUUUCAGAGGUGAUAAAGGCCCUGAAGAACCAUGAAGACAAGAUCAGGGUUGUGCUGAACAAAGCGGACCAGAUAGAGACUCAGCAGCUGAUGAGAGUCUACGGAGCUCUGAUGUGGUCUCUAGGAAAGAUAGUCAACACGCCGGAGGUGAUCCGUGUCUACAUCGGUUCAUUUUGGUCCCACCCGCUGUUAAUCCCUGACAGCAGGAAGCUGUUUGAAGCAGAGGAACAGGACCUUUUCAAGGACAUUCAGUCUUUACCGAGAAACGCGGCGCUCAGAAAACUCAACGAUCUGAUCAAGAGGGCGAGACUAGCCAAGGUUCACGCUUACAUCAUCAGCUCACUGAAGAAAGAGAUGCCCUCUGUGUUUGGUAAAGAGAACAAGAAGAAGGAGCUGAUCAACAGUCUGGGAGAUAUCUAUAAGCGCAUCGAACGAGAGCAUCAAAUAUCACCUGGAGAUUUCCCGAAUUUGAAGAAGAUGCAGGACCAACUCCAGGCUCAAGAUCUAAACAAAUUCCAGCCUUUGAAACCCAAACUCCUGGAGGCAGUUGAUGACAUGUUAGCCCAUGACAUUGCUGGCUUAAUGGUCUUGGUCCGUCAAGAAGAAACCCAGCGUCCUAAUCCAGUUGUGAAAGGUGGUGCGUUCGAUGGCACUUUGAACGGCCCGUUUGGCCACGGAUACGGCGAAGGAGCCGGCGAGGGGAUCGAUGAAGCCGAGUGGGUUGUCGCUCGCGACAAACCGGCCUACGAUGAGAUCUUCUACACACUAUCGCCCGUCAACGGAAAAGUGACUGGAGCCAACGCCAAGAGGGAGAUGGUGAAGUCGAAACUGCCCAACACGGUGCUGGGAAAGGUCUGGAAGCUGGCAGAUAUCGAUAAGGACGGGAUGCUGGAUGAUGAGGAGUUUGCGCUGGCCAAUCAUCUGAUAAAAGUCAAACUGGAAGGACAUGAACUGCCAUCAGAGCUGCCUGCACACCUGGUUCCUCCGUCUAAGAGGAAAUUACCUGAAUAAAUGUAAAAUCUACUCCCUGCUCCAAAACCUGUAAGUAGAGCCCUAACCCCCAUCUCGAGAGAAAAUGAUUCCCAAUAUAACAGGAAGAGGAAGCUUAUACUUAUAACUCGACUUCAUUUUCCAACCGCCAACCUGCCCUGUUCACACCUGCAGCCUUUCCUUACCUUCAACAGACAGAGGACUUAGUUCAAUUCAAAUCCUAAUGAAAUGUGAGCAAAUUAGCUGCAAACCUUUGUAGGAUUUCAUGUUUAACAAAACUCCAUUUGAGUCAUUUUCAUUUCUUGUAAUAACUUUUGAAUUUUUGUUUUAAUCCAGGUAGAAAAACUGGAUCUGGAUCAGUUUUAAAAGCAGAGUCCCCCUUAUUUAGUAAAAGGUGAGAUACGGGAGUUGUUGGCACAGUUGAUACAGUGAGUACUAAAAAAAAGACUAAACCAAGCAAAAACAAUAUAUAUUUUGGUCAUAACUACUGGAAGAAAAGAUCGGAGAUGCAACAAUGUAAAGAAAAAAAGUUUGGAGGGAAGUCUUAUUUUAACAUGCAAAUAUUCAGCCUAUCCCCU